CACUUCCUCUUGCUCAGCAGCAUCAGUAUGUUGUUUCCUUUGCUUUAGCUGUCAGCGACAAAACAGCUACACUUGUCUACAUUGAAGGGUUUAUUGUACUCACAUAUUUGGCGUUUAAGUAUUAAACAUGGAGGAAUAUCAUCCUGGAGACGAGGUGUCUUUCAAUCCAGAUGAUGCAAGUAAUGUUAUUAAAGAGUGCAUUGAGGGUAUCAUUGGGGGUGUGGACUACAGCCAGAACAAAGUGAACCAGUGGACGGCCAGCAUAGUCGAACACUCUCUCACUCAGUUAGUUAAACAGGGGAAACCUUUCAAGUUCAUAGUCAACUGUGCUGUGAUGCAGAAAAGCGGCGCAGGUCUUCACACAGCCAACUCUUGUUACUGGGACACUACUACUGACGGAAGCUGCACGGUUAGGUGGGAGAACCGUACCAUGUACUGUGUUGUCAGUGUGUUUGCUGUGGCUAUUGUCCUAUAAGCAGGAACCAGGUCUAAGACAUGAACACAUACACAGAUGGGCCAAAUCAUUUUCACUAAGAUCUCAUCCUGAAGUCUGUUUUGAAGCCACCUGCUGCAAGGGACCUAAACCAACUUCUGUUUUUGCUUUAAUUCAAAGUUGAAAUUGUAUUACUUGCGCUUACUUGCUAUCAUGCAAACAUUUUACCUGUAGUUGCUGUUUUACUUUUACUUACUUGUAACAUGCACCUUUGCUCUGUCUAAAAUGAAUUGAAAAUAUGUUGUUGCUUAAUUAUUAAAAUUGACUUGGAUUUAAUAAUUCAGUGUAGAGAAUAUAUGAGGAUGGUUUAGUCCUGGUUAAAACAAAUAAGCACAUCAGAAAUUAUAUUUAAACUCCACAACAUCCAGGGGAAAUUCACAAACAAUGCGAACGUGCCACAUCGCAUCAAACUACACGAUUUAUAGGAACUGAAAGUAUUUUCCUAUUUUAAAAAAAUUAAAAUGAUUACUUAAAUUGGUAUGAGUACAGAUAUGAAAUAGAAGGCAUCAAUGCAUGUAGUUUUUUGAGGCACAUACACAAAAAAUAUUUAUAAAUACCAUGCAGAAUUUUGGUUGAAAAAUUUUAGCAGCAACUUUAUAAUUGUUUCUCCUUUUAAUAAACCUAUUGUUUUGCAUUGUU